UUUGACGGUGUAAAAACAUCGUUAUCACAUCACGUUACUCAACACCCCUCACCACAGUUGUGUGGAGCUACUGCACUGAUCCAGGAGGAGCGAUUCCCUCUCUGCCAUCACUGAAACUAGGUUUUCACACCAUGUCCUCCACCAUCUUUGUCCUGCUCCUCGCGGGUCUGGCGAUGUCUGUCAUGGCGGACUACACCGGGAAGGUGCUGCUCAUCUCCAUGGACGGCUUCCGAUACGACUAUCUUGACAUGGUGGACACCCCCAACUUUGACGACUUCGCCAGACAAGGCGUGAAGCUACCCUACAUGAACAACAGCUUCACGACGUUGACAUUUCCAAACCAUUACACCAUAGUGACAGGUCUGUGGGAGGAGAGUCAUGGUAUUAUUGGCAACCACAUGUACGACCCCAUGUUCAAUGCCAGCUUCGGCAUGGGCACCACGGAGUCACGGUGGUGGGACGAGGGAGAGCCACUGUGGGUCACGGCCAAGAAGAAGGGUCUGAAGACGGGCACCUACUACUGGCCAGGCAGCGAGGUUGAGAUCCGAGGUUUUCGCCCUGACAUUUGGUUCAAAUACAGUGACAAGACACCGUACAAGGAGCGAGUGGAUACAGUGAUUGACUGGUUCAAGAACAAAGAUGUCAGAAUGGCCACCCUGUAUUACCCGGAACCCGACCAUACUGGGCACGGUUAUGGUCCAGACUCUCAGCAAGUUAAGGACAAGGUCAAAUACAUGGAUGGUAUCCUUGGUUACCUCAUGGAAAAGUUGAAGGAUAAUGACCUUGAAAACACGGUCAACGUCAUCGUUACCAGUGACCAUGGCAUGGUUGAUGUUGACAAUAUCAAUAAAGUGGUGGACAUAACUGACCAUGUCAACAUGACGCUGAUUGACAGUGUGCCGAUGUACGGUCCGGUGAUGCACAUUCUACCGAAAGACGGACAGGAUGACAACAUCAUGGCGGAUCUGGAGGGCGUCUCCAACAUCACAGCCUAUAAGAAGGACGACAUUCCUGAGCAUUUCCAUUACCGGAACAACAGAAGGAUCAUGCCCAUCGUCAUCAUAGCAGAUGAGGGAUGGCAGCUGACCACUAAAAAGGACAAAGUGGCACGCAGCACUUUAAAAGCCACCCAUGGCUACGACAACAACCUACGGCGCUUAACCCUCCUCACUCAGUCAUCACAAUUUCUUCUCAUACAUUUUCAGAACAAGACCAAAAAGGCCAAAAGUACUCUAAAAGCCACCCACGGUUACGACAACGCAUUGAUGUCAAUGAAGCCUAUAUUCCUGGCGAGGGGACCCAACUUCAAAACCAACUUCACAUCCGAUCCGAUCAAGAAUGUCGACAUCUACCCUCUUGUUUGUAAACUGCUCAAAAUAGAGCCAGCGCCGAACAACGGAAGUCUGACCCGUGUCAAUGCCUUCAUCCAAGAUACGCCUCCAGUUUCCGGGUCUCCAAUCAAUGCACCAGUACUGCUUUUUGAGUGUUUGCUUGUAUUCACAGUCGUCGCCAACCAUCUAUUGCAUUAAUGAAACGUUCAAAACUGCAGGAGAUGCGCAUUCUAAAGCGCUGUUCUUAUAGUGAUCCCUGUUUACCACCGCGAUCAAAUCCCAGCUAACAAUUUCACGUUGUCACAACGUUAUGCUUUCGUUGUUGUUCUGUGGACUCCCAUUUGCCAUGUCACAACGUUAUGACGUGACCUUGUGAUGCGUCAUUUUUACGUCACCAGAAGGUUAGACUUAUUUGAUGCUAACGUAUUUUACGUCGUCUUAACGUUCUAUUUAUCGUUAUUGUUUGAAUAGUUUUCCCAGUAGUGAACGGAACAUAAGAAACAAAGCAGAUAUUACUUCAAUGCUUAUUCGUCAAUUUGCAUGUUGUUUUGGUCGUAUGUUUUCCGAAGCUGAAAAGUGAAGAAAGAAUCUCAAAGUGAAAGGUUUCUCAGAAAACUCUAUCUUGACACCAAAUUGUAAGAAACGUUGUUACAACAUUGUGAGGAGCCCAAAGCAUAACGUUUCGUCAACGUAAAUUUGCAACGUUGCUAAAUACGUUGUAACAUACCGUUAUAAAAUUAUGUUGUGACAACGUUGUAUUAUGACGUUACCAAUAUACAACCUUCCCACAGAUUUGCGAAAACUUUGUGUUAGCCUGGAUAAUCUUACUAAUCACACCAACAUUAUCGCUUCUGAAACUAUCAAAUAAAACCAUGAAAAUCCCA